UUCAUUGACCAUUGUUACUCGCCAGAUUGAGAACAAGAGCACAAUAACAGAAAACAAAACCUUUCCCAUGGAUAGAACAGGGACCCGUAUGUAUGAAGAUUUCCAACCCUCCUUGGAUUGGAAGAAAGAAGCUGGAUCUGAAGUUGCCGUCGUCCGUCUACCUGGCUUUAAAAAGGAACAACUGAGGGUCCAACUUGCAUCCGGAGCCCUGAAGAUCUCCGGAGAGCGCCCGAUCAACAACAACAGAUGGAGCCGUUUCCAGAAGGAGUUCAAACUUCCUCAAAAUUGUGAGACCAAAGACAUUCGAGCACAAUUCGUUGCUGAAGUACUUACCAUUGUAAUGCCAAAGGCAGUUGCUCCAGCCCAGCCACAAUUGCUGCAUCCCACAGGUCAUAAACCCGAAGCCGGAAGCCCCCCUGCACCCAAAAAGAGUCCGGAAGAAGCAGUGACCCAAAAACCCGAGAGCCCCGAAAAGCGCCCGGAAACACCGAGUCAGAAAUCAGCAGUGGAGGCGAAACCCAGCAUAGCUGAUGAUGAAGGAAAGAAGGAGAAUGGAAGGCCAAGUGAUGAUGCUAAGAAUGUAGCAGAGAAGACUUCAGAGAAGAAGGGACAGGGUGGUGGGUUUGUUGAUGGUGAGAAGGUUUCUGGAGACAAAGGGAAGAAUGAAGAAAAAGCAGGAGCAGCCAUUAAUGGUGAAGCGAGAGCUAUGGAUGGGUCAAGUGAAACUGCUGCAGCUGGGGAUGGUAGCCAAGCUAUUGGACAGGAUAAACCCAGAAAAUUGAUUAUGAGCUCAGUGGCUGUUGCUGUGGUAGUGAUGGCGUUUGUGGCAUAUUUAUUAUUUAAUAUAUACACUUGGGUCAUCAGGGAAAACUAAGAAUUCUCGUUUAUAAUUCUGUAUAUUUUUCAAGACAAUUCUGUAUAAGUUAUUUGAUCUAAUAAAAGGACUUCAUAAAUCAUAA